AUGAAGAAACGCGCCCCGACGCGACAAGGCUCUCUCCGGGAACGGAUACCGAGGUCCGAGGAUGCAAGCAUGCAGUUUUCGAUGGAUGAGAGGAUUGAGGACUGCUUGCUUACGAUCGGGGCGCUCGAAUAUGUGGUCUGGACCACCCUCAUAACCAACACGAAAUACCUCUCAGGGCUCCUCACCCUCGACUACAGUCUUAAGAAGCACAAGUCGAAAUACCCGCUCGUCGCCCUCUACACCGAUGCCUUCCCCGCCGAAGGCCACGCCGCGCUCGAAGCCCGCGGCAUCCCCAAGCAGCGCAUCGAGUACCUCCUCCCGAAGAACGGCAAGGACUACUCGGCCGACCCGCGCUUCUACGACUGCUGGUCCAAACUAACCCCCUUCAGCCUGGUCGAGUACGAGCGCGUCGUCCAGCUCGACAGCGACAUGCUGGUCACCCAGAACAUGGACGAGCUGAUGGAAAUCGAGCUGGAUCCGCCCAGCAUGGCGGGCAAGGGGAAGCGCGUCUUCGCCGCUGGCCACGCCUGCGUCUGCAACCCGUUGAAGAAACCGCAUUAUCCUAAAGACUGGAUCCCCUCGAACUGCGCCUUCACCAGCCAGCACUCCACUCCCGACCUAGCUCAAACCACCGCUCCCUCCCCCGAAGUCGGGCCCCUCGGAUUCAUGAACGGGGGGCUCCAGGUCGUGAACCCGUCUCGCGCCGUCUACGACCUGAUCCUCGCGCACCUCGAAUCCGACGCCGUCAUCGACAUGGAUUUCGCCGACCAGUCAUUACUAUCGGACCUCUUCCGGGGCUGCUGGGUUCCGCUGCCGUAUAUAUAUAAUGCGCUGAAGACGCUGCGGUGGGAGGGCGUCCAUGCGGAGAUUUGGAGGGAUGACAAGGUUAAGAAUGUGCAUUAUAUCUUGGCGCCGAAGCCGUGGGAUGAGGUUGAUGAGGAGGGGAAUAAUAUCUCAAAGGACCCGACGCAUGCUUGGUGGGUGAGCGCAAAUAAGGAGAGGUUGGCGUUGGAAAAGAAGGAAGGGGUGAAGGUUGAUGGGUUUUAGGCGGGGUCCGUCGCCAUCUGGUUAUUUUGGUGUUGUGGGGUGGUGUGGAGUCCAGCAGACACCCCGUGAGGUUCUGGGUUCGAAAGUGCCAUCAUCAGGCUAGACACUGAUGUUUGUAUUUGCAUACGUCUAGCGGGAGAGAGACAAUGUUUAGCGCCAAGUUCCACAUGUGUUUUGAGGGUAUCAUUACUUUCUUCUCCAAGCUACAGGCCGAUAACUACCUAUGUUAUACAUUUAUCUCCCACAGUAUGGUGCCAUUUGCAACGCCAACCAAUGCUUCAUCCGUGCUAAUCCUUCACAUCAUCUUACAUCCUACUGUCAACCUCAGCGAGCCAAGCCUUAGCAAGAUCCUUAGCUAAUCCAAGUCGAAGUAUCCUAAGCACAUCUUCCGCUGAAGUGCUCGCCGAGAUCCCCUGUCGCCAGUCCCAUCC